GUACAUUCCUAAAUCAACACGUCUUCAUUCAUUUCUAAUCAUGGCGGAGGAAGUAGCAGAAACAAUUUCGGCCACCAUUAAUGCAACUUUAAACGAAACAGCUGGCAAUGAAACAGCUAGAAUUCCAGCAACUCCAGAAGGCAUGGCGCUGGCCUAUGGCAGCCUGGUCGUCAUGGCGAUAAUUCCGAUAUUUUUUGGUGCAUUUCGGUCAGUCAGAUUCCAGAAAGAACAGCGGGAGAAUGGAGACACCCCAGAGAUCAUGUCUGACAAGGAUGCGGCAAUGUUCCCCAUCAUUGCCAGUGCCACUCUCUUCGGGAUAUACAUCGUGUUCCAGAUCUUCUCAAAGGAGUACAUCAAUCUACUUCUGACUGUUUAUUUCUUUUUCUUGGGAGUGCUUGCUCUUGCACAUAUUAUCAGUCCAGUAGUGAGGAAGUUGAUACCAGACUCCAUGCCCAACGAUCCCUAUCAUCUUCUAUUUGUCAGAGGAAAGGACGAUAAACAAGAAGAAUUGAUGAACUAUGAGUUUGACAAUAAAGAUUUGGUCUGCCUUGGUGUGGGGGCGGUAUUUGGUGUUUGGUAUCUCUUGAAAAAACACUGGAUAGCUAACAACAUAUUUGGACUAGCGUUUGCGUUGAAUGGCGUGGAAUUUCUUCAGCUAAAUACAAUCAUGACGGGUAUUAUAUUAUUAGGAGGGCUCUUCGUCUAUGAUAUCUUCUGGGUGUUUGCUACUAAUGUCAUGGUAACUGUUGCCAAGUCUUUUGAGGCUCCCAUCAAAUUGGUCUUCCCACAAGACAUACUAGAGAAGGGGCUAGAGGCAAAUAACUUUGCCAUGCUGGGUCUGGGGGAUAUUGUCAUUCCAGGAAUCUUUAUUGCUCUGCUGCUUCGCUUCGAUGUCAGCCGGAGAAAAGACUCCCGUGUGUACUUCAACUCUGGUCUAACUGCCUAUCUGUUAGGUCUGAUGGCUACGAUAGCCGUUAUGCAUUGCUUCAAGCAUGCCCAACCAGCACUUCUAUACCUUGUACCUGCCUGUAUCGGCUUGCCUCUCUUCGUAGCUCUUAUCAAAGGGGACAUCAAGGCCAUCUUCAAGUAUGAGGACAAUCCUGCUCCAAAGGAAAGCGAAGCAUCAAAAGAAAAAGAGGGAAGCAAAGCCACAGAGGCAAAGAAGUCCAAAUGAGAAGCUCUUGCCUCCGACAGAAAUACGCAACGCCAGAGUCCGGACUUCGCAUUUCCGGAACUUGUCCCACGAAAGUCCCUCUUCGUCGAUGUUAGCGGGUUUUAGUCUUCUCUCUUCACCUUUCAUUUUUUUUCAAAUUCUUCACAACUUCUGCAACUAUUUAUGGAGUGAACUAUAUGGGUCGUAUUGCCUUAUUUGCAUAGAUCUUGCGUGCACAACCCCUUUUUCAUGUUUUGUUUAUAAAUUCAACCCAUUUGUUACUAAAAGCAUAUGAUCAUGUCUUCAAGUUGAACAGGAUUCUGUGUUUGCUGGAAACCAUUGUCGUUUAAUUUUGUUUGAAAUUUGGGCAAUCCCAAUAAAGUAUGUUUACCAAAGCCCUUAGUUAUAGAACUUAAUAAUACUAAUAAUAAUAGCCAAUUUUUAUAAAGCACUUUUCCAGAAUGGCCCAAAGUGCGUUACAGCAUAUCAUUACCCCGGUCAAUCACGAAAAGUGCACAAUUUCCACUCCCUGGGAGCAUUCCUUGCAUUCAUCGCAGCCACAUUAUGGCGCUGGCACAAUCAAACAUACAAUAUCUUUCGCAUCCUACCGGGUACCCAUUUAGCACCUGGGUCGAGAGUGGCAAAGUGUGGAUUAACGCCUUGCCAAAGGACGCUAGACCGCGGUGGGAUUCGAACACACGACCCUCUGUUUACAAGGCGAGAGUCAGAACCACUACACCACGGCUCUUACCAAAAAUCGUUUGUCUAUGUAGGUGAUAAUAUUACUUUUACAAAUUUGAAUAGCAUUUUUGGUCAUAGGAGAAAAGUUUCAACUAAGUAAAUGUACAGUCCUUUGUAAAAAUAUGCUAUACCUAAGACUUUAUGCAUAGCAGUCUUUCGAAAAUGUGGAGCAAAUUGCGAUGCGAUGUCCAGGAUAAUUAUUACCUGCUUCGUAUCUUUUUUAGUUCCUAGGGAAUGUUGGAAUGCUCUUAAACUGUCAUGGCUUUUGCAGUUCUUGAAGUAAAGAAAGGAUGGAGACAAAUGGGGGUCAGAAAAAAAGACUGUUUUAUUGGAAUUGCCCAUGUGUUAUCAGAGGCUCGGCACCACAUAAUCAUUUCUGUCUCUUUCCCUUUUUCAUUUCAGUCUUGUGUAAUAGAUGGAUCGUUUUCAUUUACUGAUUUUUUUGUUACUGAAAAUCAAACACUGGUUCUGUAUAACUUAACUAAAAAUGACCUUGGUAGGGGAAUUGUGGAUAAUCGAUAACAGGAAGGGAGGGGUUUUUAGUUGAAAUAUGUUCAAACUUUUAGUAUCUUCGUCAACACAUCUCUUUUCCCUAGUGCAGUAUCUUUAUGUUGUAAAAGCUAUCAUCGUACAUCCAGGGCCCUAUUACAAAAACCUUUGUGAUUGAUUAUCUGGCUGAUUUUCUUCAUCAACUUUACAUGAUGAUAUUUGCAGUCAGUCUUACCAAAUCAGACGUACAAUCAAUUGUGAAGCUCUUUGUUACAGACCCCUAGGUGUUUACUUGGUGACAAAUGUGAAAGCAAACAUUCCAUAAUAAUUGAGCAUUAAUUUCCAAUUGAGUAUUAAAAGAAACACUGCAUUUCUAUGACCAUCCUAACUCUCCCCUCCUGCCAACACACUGUGAGGUUUUCGAUGAAAUUUAUGAGGUAUAAAUUGAUUUUGGGAGUUUUACAGCAUCUGCUCUGCUUUUACAAUCAAAAUCUUAAAUGAGCUGACUACACAAAGUAUUUUCUUAUUUUGUUAUGUGAAACCAUUGGUUCUGACCACAAAUUUAAAACCACCUGUGUGAAUAGAGUGUUGAAGUGGGACGUCAUCAAUUUUCCCUUUUUGUCCGCUUUAUUGAUACCAUAUUAUUUUGGCAGAGCAUGAUGAAAUACCUCCACUACACAAAUUUGGUGGGAAUCGGUCCAUAGGGGCCUGAGAUAUGACCUCAUGAAUACAUAAUUAGCCCCAUUGAAGUCAGUGUAUUAUUGGCCUGGUUCCCGACAUUUAGAUCCAGGCCAAUAAUUUAGUGGGGCUAAUGAUGUAUUCCUGAGGUCAUAUUUAAGGCCCCCAUGGACCUAUUCACACCAAAUUUGGGUUAUGAAGGUAUUUCAUCCUGCCGUGCCGAGGUUGAGACAACUUAAAAAGCAAAUCUCACAGGUAAAUUAAAGAGUUUCAAUAUCAAAUGUCACUUCUACCCAAUUGAUUAUGUACGAAUUGUUAUUUUCAUGUGAUUGAUGUGUCUUACAAAAAAAAAAAAAUUGAGAUCAAAAUAACCAGUGAGCCCAGCUAACUCAACCCUAGACCAAAAGCUUUGAUCUCUGUUACAAUGGUUGUACCGCUGAACUCUGUUGGCUCCACUCACCAAUUACAGAAAAAGAGUUUUAAAAAUGUUUAAAAAUCUCCUCGAAACAGAAGGGUGUCAGCUGACUAACUCGACCCUUGCGACAAUAAAAGUCAUGUGUAAUUAUUGCUGGUUUUUGUCAGAUGAGUCGUCAUCGACAAAUUUGCCGUGAGCCAAUCAGAUGCUAGGACUUCGGUAGCUUAUAACAAAUAAUCUGUGAAAAAAAAUUACCGUUACAUGAAAUACUCCUCACACGACACUCAUGCGAUAUGCCAAUCAAUGAGAUUGUGCAAUACUUAUUUGAAGAGUGUCUGCAAUUACGCAUGACAUUCAAGUCCUCUUUGUGAAACCUCCCCCAUGAAGUGAAACCUUCCCCCCUCCCAUUUAGUGUUGGUGGUUGGGGAAGUGAUUUUAGUAAGUUAUUAAUUUUCUUUAUUGUAUUUACCCAAGAAGAUAGCAUGUCUUUAAUUUGGCCUGAUGGGAUACAGAAUUUAAAGAACCAGUGGUUUAAAUGAUUUUUGUGUUUUGGCAGAUAAGUUUAUGCACAUCAUGCGGUCACAAUUUUAAUGGAUUCAUGGUAAAUUUGUAUAUUUAUUGUCGUACGGUAGGUUUUUAAUUCAUUUUUGUUUCCUUACAAUGGGUUUUAACCAGAAAUGAUUGCAUUACGAUUGAUUUUGGUUUUUAUGUUGCAUUCUGUCACUUCUGAAUUUUAUGGUGCCUCAAACUCACAAAUUCCAUCUGUUUUACUAUGAAUAAUUUCAUUUGUGUUUUGCUUGAAUGUUGGAUAACAAAUAUUUAUUAUGGUAAAACUUAUUCUUGUCUAAAGCAUGUCAGAUAAAACAAAGAAAGUCUCAAGCA